GGUGCCACGGGCGGGCCUGUCCUGGGCGCUCCAGGAUCCCAUACACUCCUUCCAACUAACCCCCCCUGUCCUCCCUCACAGCGACAUGUCAGGCCACCCCCGGGGGCAAUAAACCGCACUGUAGAGGGGGGCAGCUCAGGCUGGCGGUGCCGUCAGGGGGCUAUCCCGCCUUAGUAUGCGCUAAAAAUGCCUAUUUUACUUUUCCUCAUAGACACGUCCGCCUCUAUGAACCAGCGGACUUACUUGGGUACGACCUAUUUGGAUAUUGCCAAAGGCGCGGUUGAGAUAUUUAUGAAGCUGCGAGCCCGGGAUCCGGCUAGUAGGGGCGACAGGUACAUGCUGGUUACAUAUGACGAGCCUCCAUACUGCAUCAAGGCUGGCUGGAAGGAAAAUCAUGCAACCUUUAUGAAUGAACUAAAGAAUCUGCAAGCAGUGGGGCUUACAACCCUUGGUCAAGCACUGAGGUCAUCAUUUGAUUUACUCAAUUUGAAUAGAUUGGUGUCUGGAAUCGACAAUUACGGACAGGGACGAAAUCCUUUCUUUCUGGAACCAUCCAUUUUAAUUACCAUCACAGACGGCAACAAACUUACAGUUUCGUCUAGUGUUCAAGACGAGCUUCAUCUUCCACUAAAUUCCCCCUUACCUGGAAGUGAACUCACCAAAGAGCCAUUCCGUUGGGAUCAGAGACUGUUUGCUCUGGUACUUCGCCUACCAGGAGCAUCGUCUGUUGAACCAGAGCAGCUGGGAAGUGUACCAUCCGAUGAAUCCGCUAUUACUCAGAUGUGUGAAGUUACGGGAGGUCGUUCUUACUGUGUACGGACACAGAGAAUGUUAAACCAGUGUUUAGAAUCUCUGGUUCAGAAGGUCCAGAGUGGAGUUGUAAUCAACUUUGAGAAAACUGGUCCUGACCCUGCACCCAAUGGAGAAGAAGGACUCACGGAUUCUGUCAGGCCUAUUAAUUCAUUUGCUCCACAAGCGUGGCAUAGUUGUCAUAAGCUAAUUUAUGUGCGGCCUAAUCCAAAAACUGGUGUUCCUGUUGGACAUUGGCCAAUUCCUGAAUCCUUUUGGCCGGAUCAAAACUCCCCAAUGUUGCCCCCUCGCUCUGCUCACCCUGUUUUGCGGUUUUCCUGUGUGGACUGUGAUCCCAUGGUGAUUGACAAACUUCCAUUUGACAAAUAUGAGCUUGAGCCAUCUCCGUUAACCCAGUAUAUCUUAGAAAGAAAGUCUCCCCACACCUGCUGGCAGGUGUUUGUCAGCAACAGUGGAAAGUACAGUGAAAUUGGUCAGCCAUUUGGGUAUUUAAAAGCAAGUACCACACUGACGUGUGUGAACUUGUUUGUCAUGCCAUAUAAUUACCCCGUGUUACUUCCAUUGCUAGAUGAUUUGUUCAAGGUGCACAAACUAAAGCCAAGUCUGAAGUGGCGUCAAGCCUUUGAAAACUACUUGAAAACAAUGCCCCCAUACUUCUUAAUGCCACUAAAGAAAGCACUGCGCAUGAUGGGAGCUCCCAACUUGAUAUCAGAAAACCUGGAUUGUGGUCUUAGCUAUAGUGUUAUUUCAUAUCUAAAAAAACUAAGCCAACAGACCAAAGUAGAGUCUGAAAGAAUAAUAUCAUCUGUUGGAAAGAAGGCCCCGCAGGAGACCGGGAUUAAAGUGAAAAAUAACUCCACAAGUCUGUCAUUGGUUCAUAACAGAAACUUCAAACAGCUGCUACAAGGGAUCUGUGGUGAAACCCCUCUAAGACUGUCCGAAUUAAAUGUUAAAGAGUUCUCUGGCUUUCAAGUGGGGCUACUUAAUAAGGAUCUGAAGCCUCAGACAUACAGAAAUGCUUAUGACAUUCCGCGCCAGAAUCUAUUAGAUCAGCUGACUAGGAUGAGGACCAAUUUACUAAAAACUCAUAAACUUAUUGUUGGACAGGAUGAAGAUUGUCUCCAUAGUGUUCCUGUUGCUCAAAUGGGCAAUUACCAAGAAUACUUGAAGCUUAUGCCUUCACCUCUUCGUGAGAUCGAUCCUGAUCAACCGAAAAGGCUUCACACCUUUGGAAAUCCCUUUAAGCAGGAUAAGAAGGGUAUGAUGAUUGAUGAAGCGGAUGAGUUUGUAGCUGGGCCUCAGAAUAAAACAAAGCGGCCUGGUGAGGCUAAUACCCCUGCUUCCCUAAAAAGGAGGCGCAGCAUGUCUCCCCUACUGCUCAGAAGGCCUCAGACCCCACCAAUAAUAACCAAUCAUGUAGGAGGAAAGGGACCUCCCACAGCAUCAGGAAGCCCAACUCCUCACAACCUUAUUAAACCUAUUGCCAUACACAAAGAUGCUAACACACUAAUUCCAGAAGGUAAUGGAGAGCGAACGGAUAACUGUCAGCCUAUGGAAAAACAGAUGGAUGGCUUGUCCCCACUAAUAGUACAGGCUGCAAUGUCAGAUGAAGAUAUGCUACUUAAUGACUUUGAUUCUGUGUCUGACGAACUGAGUUGCUUACAAGAGGAUAGUUUAGAACACAAGACUGUUAAUAAUGCACUUGUUAAAGGGCCUUUGGAAAGCUAUAUGCCUCUUGAGGAUGCUUUAACAACCCAGGAAUGCACAUCUACAAUGCCCCUGCCAAUCUCUCUGAAAGAAAUGCAAAGUAUGAUACAAGGGACAAAUGCAGAUAUUAAAAUUAAAGUAAUGAAAGAGGUUCGCAAGCCUGGAAGAAAUUAUCAAAAAAUCUUCUCCCUACUUGAAGAAGUACAAGGACCAUUUGAUGUACAAAAGACUUUUAUUGAGUUUACUAUGAAAGAAGCAGCAAGGUUUAAAAAACGAGUCUUAAUACAGCAUCUUGAAAGAAUGCUAUCUGAAUUGGAUUCCACUGAUUUGCCAAACAGUGUGAAUCACGUAAACAGCAGAUAACAGUAAGCCUGGAAACCGAGGACCAGGGAUGAGUUUGCUGUCGCAGAAGAAAGAGAGAGGACAUGGCGACCUCCAACACCUUGCACCUCAGGACACUUUCUGGCCAGAGACGGAGUACAAGUGACGGAGAGAUGCUGAGCUCUGAGCUUCACAUCAUACCAUGAACUAUGAGGCCUUUUCUGUGUGGAGGGUGCUGCCCACUGAACAGGCUGGAGAAUAACCAUGUAGUGGCCCUCCUACAGGUGAUGAGCUUACACAUUUGUCAGUAUAGACCAUUUCCUAUGCUGUAGAGAGCACUUGAGGGAGCAAAAGGCAAAACAAUGCUGUGGCACAGGCCACCAUAAGGCAGGUCUAGCUGGUGACCUCUGCAUGGUGUGCCUGCGAGUACAUGAGGUAGCUUUUCCCGAGACAUGGUCUUGUCGUAUCAGAAUAGGCUGUAUGAGACACUUAAAAGAAAACUGCCAUUCUGUAUUAAGGAAAGCUAAAGACAGCCCUGUGACUGUAUCAUUCCCAUUAAGUCACUAAACAAUCUACCUCAGACUCUCUUCUGUUUUGUCUACAGACUUUAAGAAAGUGCACCUGAGACUCCCCAGGUCCCCGACUUCUUUCAUCCUGUGAGCAGGACGGAGACUCGUCAGGUGGCCUUGCACUCGCUGUGCUUUGGAAGCACUAGAAAAGGAAACUUUCUUUUUCUUUCUUUCUUUUCUUUUCUUCUUUUUUUUUUUGUUGUUGUUUCUUUUUUUCUUUUUAUUUUUUUUACAUGCAUUUCCUUUUAAUGUUCAUAACAAAAGAAAUAUUUUGAACAGUAUUGUUAUUAGCUCAG